AUGCGCGAGCUUGUGGCGGUCACGGCAGCCUUCAGGUGGGACACCUGGCGGAGGGCCGCAUCCCGCUCAAGGAUGGCCCCGAGGAAUAAUUUCAAAAUCUCGAAUGCUCAAGCCCUUAACGCCGUCCAAGCAACUCAAAUUGGCGCCGUCCGUGAGACUGAGUGCCUCGAUGCACUUGGUGAUGAGCAAUGCCUCAGUCUCCACCUCCGGCAUGAGGGAGAAGGUCGAGUCGAGCACCACAUAGAGAUACUCUUUGUUGAUAGUGAUUUCACUGCAAAAGUACUCCUCAGUUAUGGCCUGCAAGUUAUGGUCACCCGUAGUCAUUCCGAGGAGAUGGGCCGCCGUGCAAAGGGCCGCCACGUUGAAAGGGGUUAA